AUGGCACUGGACUCUGAGUUUGGUGUGAAGGGCAGCAGCAGCAUCAUCAGGGAAUGGAGUGGACAGGUCCAGCCCGCUCUGGUCGCCUCCUUUGUUUUCCUCUUCUUUCUGGAAGCCGGUCUGUGGGUCAGGAACCUCAGGCUCAAGAGAAGACUGCCGGGACCCUUCGCCUGGCCCGUGGUGGGCAACGCCAUGCAGCUGGGCCAGAUGCCUCACAUCACCUUCGCCAGGCUGGCCAAGAAAUACGGCAACGUGUACCAGAUACGACUGGGCUGCAGUGACAUCGUGGUCCUUAACGGUGACAGGGCGAUCCGUCAGGCUCUGGUAGAGCACAGCACAGCGUUCGCAGGCAGACCGAACUUUGUCUCUUUCCAGAUGAUCUCUGGAGGCAGGAGUAUGACAUUUACUAAUUACAGCAAACAGUGGAAAGCACACAGGAAAAUUGCCCAGUCAAGCCUCAGAGCCUUUUCCUCCGCAAACAGUCAGACCAAAAAAGCCUUUGAACAACACAUUACAGUUGAGGCCAUGGAACUGGUACAGCUGUUUUUGCGGCACAGCACUGAUGGACGGUAUUUUGACCCUGCUCACGGAUUUACAGUAGCCGCAGCUAAUAUCAUGUGCGCCCUCUGCUUCGGGAAGCGAUACGGACACGACGACCUGGAGUUCAGGAACCUGUUGAAAAAAGUUAACAAGUUUGGAGAGACAGUCGGGGCAGGGAGCCUGGUGGAUGUCAUGCCCUGGCUUCAGUCCUUCCCCAACCCAGUCCGCAGUGUCUAUGAAAACUUCAAAAACCUCAACGAGGAGUUCUUCGCCUUCGUGAAAGAUAAAGUGGCGCAGCACAGGGAGUCCUUCAGCCCCGAUGUGACCCGGGACAUGAGCGAUGCCAUCAUCAACGUGAUCGAGCACGGGAAAGACAGCGGGCUGACCAAAGACUUUGUCGAGGCAACAGUGACAGAUCUAAUCGGAGCAGGUCAAGACACAACGUCAACUUUCAUGCAGUGGAUACUACUGCUCCUGGUCAAAUACCCAGACAUGCAAACCAAACUCCACGAGCUCAUAGACAAAGUGGUGGGCCCGGACAGACUGCCAACAGUGGAGGACAGGAGCAGCCUGGCAUACCUGGACGCCUUCAUCUAUGAGACCAUGCGCUUCACCAGCUUCGUCCCCGUCACCAUCCCGCACUCCACAACCUCAGACGUGACUGUCGAUGGUCUCCACAUCCCUAAGGACACGGUGGUCUUCAUCAAUCAGUGGUCGGUCAACCACGAUACUCUGAAGUGGAAGGACCCUGACAUUUUUGACCCCACGCGCUUCCUUGAUGAAAACGGGUCCCUCGAUAAAGACGUAACCAACAGAGUGAUGAUUUUUUCAACGGGUAAAAGACGCUGCAUUGGCAACCAGAUCGCCAAGGUGCAGGUGUUUUUAUUCACAGCAGUGCUGCUGCACCAGUGCAGCUUUGAGAGCAACCCCUCUCAGCCCCUCACCCUUGACUGCUCCUACGGGCUGACGCUGAAGCCCCUCCGAUUCUGUGUCAGCGCCAAGCUCAGGGGAAAGCUGCUUGGCUUAGUUUCCCCAGCAUGAACAGCAUGUCCCAAUACUGUGACUCAAGGCCAGCAAACACUUUUUCCACCAACGACAUUUAUAGCAACAGUGAGUAAGGGCAUACCUGCACUAAAUCCUAUUGUAAGAUUCACAUAUUUAAUAAUGAUAUUUAAUGGAUUUCUUAACAAAGCCUGUGUUUAUUUCAUUGUUGGUGCAGAAUAUGAUUUAUAAGACGUAUCAUUCGCUGCACGUAGAAUUCAAGCUUGUGGACUGUUGGGAUCAGUGCAAAAGUAUUAAACUUCUGCUCCCCAAAGUAUUCUAUACUUGAUCAGAUCUUGUACGUAAUUGUUUAAUUCUGAAUUUUGUGCUUGUCUUACAUCCACUAUUGUGCGUGCACAUGCAUGGCGUGUGCACGCACUAUUGUGCGUGCACAUGCAUGGCGUGUGCUGGAAUUAGAUACACCCCUUAAAUGUCAUGUUUAAACUAAUAUAACUAUGUGAAGUGCUCAUGAAUGUUACAGAGCCAACAGAUGGCUCAUUGUUCUCAAUUGUAAUUUGUAAGAAUAUAUUUAACCAUUGCCACGUAACUCAGUUACAAAGUAUUUUUUUCUAUAAUUUCAUAUUUCAGGUGUGAUAAUAAAAUGUAAUGAAGUUUAAUGUAUCUCACUAUCUACUGUACGUCAAGCAUAUGAACACAUUAAAGAAAGAGUGCUGAUCGGGGUGGGGUGGGGGCGGGGGGGGAGUUGGGGUGGAAUGUUUGUGAAGGAAGAAGUCUUUCAUCAAGAAGCAUCCAUCACAGUGGUAAGGGUGAAGAAGAGAAAAUGCUGUGGACCACGGACACUUCACAGACUUGUAUUGUAUGUAUUCAGGGUUUGCUUCUACUGUACAAGCGCUGCAGCUGCCCCCGUGCCAAACCCAUAGUCUCACCCGUUCAGACGAUACACAUGUGCAGUGAAAAAGAAAAGAAAAGAAAAAUCAGCCAUGAGGCAUUCUCAAAAACAUGUUUGUUUACAAAGCAACUAUUUCAAAGCUACACGGAUGUCGCCACACCCUCUUCGAGCGUCUGCGUUCAGGAACUGCUGUCAUAAUGACCAAGGGGGCGGGUUUCUCUGGCCGCGUCGAGGCAACUCAAGUUGAGUUAAACUCAGUAGGCCGUGAAUGUUUAGGCAUUCAUCACGGAGGGUAUUUUGUUAUCAGUGUGUCGGCUUUGUAUGACGGAAAAAUAAGCUAUAUCUGACAUGAAUAAAGUGAAUUGUCAACGGUCA